AUGGCAAGCAAAGUCAAAGACUCACAACCAGAUCAUCCGCAGCCGGAGCCACCUGUACGAGUCCUGGUCCAGACUCUGACCCAUUUAGUUCCUGGAGAUGACGGCAUCGAGCGCACAGAAUUCAUCUUGAACCGAAUAUGUCAGUACCACUGGAAUUGCGAUUUUCAGGCUCCAAAGUUUCGAUAUGCCUCCUAUGACGCCAACUUUGCCUUCAACAGCCGACGGUGUUUCUUCCUAGUUGAUUAUGGCGAAGCUGAAAAUGAUGAUGAUGUACCUGUGUUGCCUUAUGAGUGGACGGGGCAGUGUCUGAAGCCACUAUCUCAACUAGUUAGAGACCCGCAGAUCCAAGACAAACUUAAGAACGAGAUCCCUUUCACACGGCAGCCAAGGAAGCGAGAAAAGCUCCCGGUUCGAGAGAGUGUCCGAUUGAGACUUUACCGCAAGACGAAUAUCCCUCCUGAGGAACUGGAUCACAUGAGACAGAGCCCGGACGACUUGAAGUGGCUCAAAUCUAAGCUGAAACUUAGGUUGUGGCAGACGUUCGUGGCUGAGGCCAAUAGAUAUAGACCAAUAGGUGCACCGGAAAUUGAAGAAUAG